CUUCGUUUCAAUCGCUGAAUGCCUUGUGUGGGUGCUCCGGUUUUGGAAACGGAUGGCAUACAAGUGCUUUUGCUAUGAUGUGUAAGGUCCGCGCCUCGCAGUCCUGCUUGUGAAGUGUCAACAUGGCUGAAGGUGGGAAGGCAGCCUGAAGCACCCGUGUCACAAAAUGCCGCUGAUGGCUCUCUUGCCAUUUUUCUCCUGAAAAGUGAUACUUAAUUGUUAAAGGCAUGCCCUAUACAUUUAAAAGACAUUAAUCACCUUGCAUGUAGCCCAAUGAAAGCAUCCCAUUACUGCCUGAACAAAUAAUUAAUGUUAAGUUAAUGUUACUAUUAUUUUGCUCAUAUGACACUUUUAUGUGAAGCAUCUUUCAUGUUUACUCAUCUAUAUAGUGGUGAGUUUACUGGAGCGGUUCAGCCAUAAUAUGUUCAUUGGCAACAAAAUGGAGCUCGUCCUGGGACCCGAACCAACAGCUUUCAGUUUACAAGCCCUUGUAUUUUAUUACUGUGGCCAGAGACCUGUGUGUAUGACUGCAAAUAAAAGUCUGUUGGUGCUAAUUAGCUCUCAUGGUGCUGAGAGGCUCCACACGCAGAGAAGCACGCAGCAAGCAGACUGGAAGGCAGCCACGGUGACGUCACGGUUGGUUGUCCUGUCUGUCCAUCAGAGAGCCUGCCCCGCCCACCUCGCUGAUCAUUGGCCUCUCUUAACACCUGCAGCAUUCCCCGGAGUGAAGGAUGCGAUCUGUCUCUGCCUCUAAUCCCUCACUGCCAACGGGUUCCAGGAGGAGUUUCGACAGCGUGCAGAGGACGGACGUGUUUCCCGUGAGGAGGAGGAGGUGCACAGGACCUGGGAGUGCACGCCAGCCCAGAUGGAGUUCUGGAAGCGCGUAAGCACCAACACGGAGAGCACCAACACGGAGACGCGCUCGGAGAGCGCCGAAACUGUCUACAUGGUGGUGCCGCUGCUGGGCGUGGCCCUCCUCAUCAUCAUCGCCCUCUUCCUCAUCUGGAGGUGCCAGCUGCAGAAGGCCACACGGCGCCGGCCCGCGUACACGCAGAACCGCUACCUGGCCAGCCGCACCUCCCGGAGCCUGCCGCGCAUUCUGGUGCACCGGGACACCGCCGGCCACUCUGAGAACACGCACUCAGAUUGCGGGCGGCCGGCAGCGGCGUCCGCGGCAGCCGGGGGAGGUGGAGGAGGAAGCACAGGAGGGGGCUUGGCCCCCCAUCAGCAGUCGCUCCCUCCCAACGGCCGAGCUCUCUACAUCCAGGACUCCUCCGCCUCUGUGGCGUCCCGACUCUCCGGCGCCACACCCCCGCCCUCCUACGAGGAGGUGACGGGACACUUGGAGAGCAGCAGCGAUGAGACCUCAGUCCCCUACAGCGACCCCCCGCCUAAGUACGAGGAGAUCGUCAAGCAGAAAUGAACGCCCUGCCUCCCCACCCGCCUCCACCU